AUGGUUUUCAUUUGUGAAGGAUUCAUGAUUGGAUUACUCUUUACAUUUAAUAAAAGUAGUACAUUCAACAGACACAAAGACUCCACAGCAAAACAAAUAAUAAAUAUAGAAGAAAACUUGAUUUACGAUCAAGUCGACGUGUUACCAUACGAUGAAAAGUGGGAAUUCCCUAGAAAAGGACUUAAAUUGGGAAAAAUUCUUGGUUCGGGAGCGUUUGGAACUGUUCGAAAAGCUGAAGCUAUCGGUCUAACUAAUGAAAUAGGCAGAACUGUCGCUGCCAAAAUGGUAAAACUUAGCGCCGAUCCACUUCAUGUCAAGGCCUUGACUUCUGAACUAAAAAUAAUGAUCUAUUUGGGUCAUCAUGUGAAUGUGUUAAACUUAUUGGGAGCUUGCACCACCGAUCUAGAUAAAAACGACUUGGUGGUCAUUGUUGAGUACUGCAAGUAUGGAAAUCUGCACGAUUUUCUCUUUAAUCAAAGAAAUAACUUCAUCAAUCAAAUAAAUGAAAGUGGCGAAAUUGAUUUUACCAUUAACAAUGGUUCGACAAAUGAUAGAGCAACCAACAAAGCAAAUGCUGUUUCAAAACAUGGAGCAGAUGUGAUGGAACCAGAUGAAACCUGUAGAAAUUAUCAAGGGGAGUACAAUGAUACUGACAUUGCACCAAUCAAAACUAAAAAUCUGAUUGAUUGGUGUUCCCAAAUAGCAAAGGGGAUGGAAUACACGGCCAGUCGAAAGGUUUUACAUGGUGAUCUUGCAGCGAGAAAUGUGUUAUUAGCAGACGGCUUUGUCAUCAAAAUAUGCGAUUUCGGGCUAGCAAAAAAUAUGUACGAAGAUGACAUUUAUGAAAGAACCAGGGCUACUUUACUACCUAUUCGAUGGAUGGCUAUAGAGUCCAUUAAAGAUCGAGUAUUUUCAACACAAUCUGAUGUUUGGUCAUUUGGCAUAACCAUGUGGGAAUUAUUUUCCUUAUCUUCUACACCUUAUCCGGGAAUUCAGUGUUCUGUUGACCUGUAUGAAAAAUUAGUAUCCGGCUAUAGGAUGGGAAAACCUCAAUUUGCCUCCGAUGAAAUAUAUGGUAUAAUGAAAGAGUGUUGGAAUUUCAGUCCAAUGUCCAGACCAACAUUCACUCAACUUAUUAACCGUAUUGAAGGUAUGCUCAAACAGGAUAUGGAAAUAUUUUCAGAAUAGGUACUUACUUUUCAAAUCAAUAUCAUUGGUUUGUUCAACCUUUAUUCUAAGUACGUAGGUAGUUUUAUUUUAUGCAAUAAAGUAAGUUUCC